CUGCACUGCCGUCCACCGGGGUGUCCUGUCGUCUUGCUCGCGUGGCUGACGGAUGUCGAUCAGGGUGCAGGCUUACGCACUGACCCACGUCCGUGCGUUGUGAGGCCGUCGAGAAGUUCUGCAAAAGGCUUCAGGCGAGACAGGACCUUCUCUGCCUCCCUUGACAAACCAUCCAACAUGGCAACAUCAGGCAAGCCCUCCCAGCAGGGGCCCUACCUGACGUUGACGAUACCAGAGGCGCUCUCGCUACCCAAGCCAGCCGCGCCAGAAAAGCAGAGGAACGAGCACGUUGUGGAUCUGUUGGAGCACAGGGCUAAGCAUCAGGCGGAUAAAGUCGCUGUGGGCUUCUCAGAGCUAGAUGACGAGGGAGGAAAAUGGAGGUGCAGCACUAUAACCUACGGCCAGGUUCCCUCGCUCGCACGCUUGGUAGCAUCGCAGCUCACCCAUACAUUGACUGAAGCGUCCAGACGCACCUCCCCGACGGAUCCUCAGCUCCCACCUCUCCAGCCAACACCGGUGGUCGCCAUCCUCUGCCCCUCUGGGUAUGACUUCUUUUGCCACGCCGCCGCGAUCUGGUUUAGCGGCUUCGCACUGCUUCCCAUCGCCCUCGGUACCACGCCCGAGGGGAUCAAGAACCUGUGCAGCAAGACUGGAGCAUGCGCCAUCCUUGCCCAUCAAGAGCAGAAGGAGCUUGCGCAAGCGACUCUGCAACUCUGGGAGGGCGAGCAAGAGCAAGCACCUACCCUCGUACCUAUGGUGGAGAGGGAACACAUCGACGCAGCUUCUUCUUCCUCCUCCUCCUCGUCGUUCGCCCCCGCUUCUGACAUCAACCGCCACUCGACUCUCAUCAUCUUUCAUUCCUCCGGCUCAACGGGCCUGCCCAAGCCAAUUUACCACAUUCAUGACUUCUGGCUACACUCCCUCAGUACCGCACCCGGCGUGGACCUCCCAGCCUACACGACGACGCCCCUCUACCAUGGCGGGAUGUCCGACUUCUUCCGGAGCUUGCAAGCAGGGAGCAGCCUGUUCUUCCAUCCGAUCACUGGGCCAGGCUUGAGCACGCAGGCAAUCCUUGAUGGGUGUACAGCCGCAAGCGAUGCUGCAGCCAAGGAAAUGGCCUACUUCUUGACCGUCCCCUUCAUCCUUGAGAUGCUCUCCAAAGACUCCUCCGGCCAUUCGUUCCUCGCAUCCAUGCACCUUGUAUCCACAGGUGGAGCUCCGCUCCCACAAGCAAUCGGAGAUCUCCUCGUUGUCGAGCACAGUGUCCCCCUCGUUUCCCGCUUAGGCUCAUCAGAAUGCGGCUUCCUCAUGAGCUCAUACCGCGACUUCAACACAGACAAGGGAUGGAACUGGCUUUGGGGCCAGGAGAAAGUCGGGGAAGACUUGCUGCUGGAUUGGAGGGAGAAUGAGGAUAAUCCUGGGCUCUUCGAAUUGGUGGUGACGGGCAAAUGGCCUACCAAGCUCAUUGCAAAUAUUGAUGGAGGAGGAUUCAGCACGGAGGACCUCUACGUGAGGCGGGAGGACGGACGCUAUCAGUACGCCACGCGAGUGGACGAUACGCUCGUACUGCUGAAUGGCAAGAAAUUUGCAGCGGGGCUCAUCGAGGCAAAGCUGCGCGGUCAUGAGAUCGUCGAAGAUGCAGUGGUCUUUGGAUCCAAUCGGGCUAUGGUGGGCGCCAUUGUCAUCCCGGAACUCUCCGCCAGGGCCGAGAUGCGCAGCGAUGAGAAGCGCUUCGCCUUUGCGCAAUCUUUGCGGCCCUUCCUCGACGAGCAGCUCAAUGCAAGCUUACCGCUGCACGCGCGACUGGCGCCCGAGCUCAUCGUGGUAGCCGAUGAGGAGCUUGCUGCCAGCAUACCACGAAGCUCAAAAGGAACGUUACAGCGAGGCCAGGCGUAUCGCAAGCUGGAAGGUCUCUUUGAUCAGGUGUACGGGGACUAUGAGCGUGGCACUUUGCCUGGCUACCCGGAUAAGGAGGCUCUGCGGGGCGAGGCAUUGCGGCAGAGAUUGCUCCAGCUGGCAAAUGGCGUACUGCCGCAGGCCGUCAAUGGGUACGAGGACGAUCUGCACCGCGCUGGUCUCGACUCUAUCGGUGCAACACGCCUCAAGGCUGCGGUCAAUCAAAGCAUCGUGGUCAAGGCAGCACAGGAUGGACGUCUGCAGGGCAACAUCGUCUAUGAUUGCCCGACGAUCGAGGCGCUGGCAAAGUGGAUUGAGGGCGGUCCCGAGCGAGAAGAGACUGCUGACACACGCGCACAGAUGCUGGAGAUCGUUCAGCGCUGUGGCAGGGGCCUGCCCGACUACAAUGCACGCAGCGGCGUAAAGGAAGACGCUGCCCCGCUUAUCAUCCUCACUGGCGCCACGGGUGCCCUAGGCUCACAGCUACUCUGUCAGCUCCCAGCAUCAUCGCCAGUCAUCUGCCUCGUCCGCGCCCAGGACGACGAGGAAGCACGACGUCGCGUGCGUAUGGCCGUGACAUCUCGCAAGCUCGACCUCGCCACUCGCAAGGGUAGCUGGGAGCAUGUGCACUGCCUUGCCGCCACUUUGGGUGAUGAGGGUCAACUAGGGGUUUCUUCGACGCAAUCCUUCGAGGACAUCCUCAGCUCCAACGCGCACCGCCCAAUCAGCAUAAUCCACGCAGCUUGGUCAGUCAACUUUGCCCUGUCUCUGCGCUCCUUUGAGGCGGAUAAUAUACGCUGCCUUUCGCACUUGUUAGGCUUCGCUCUUCGCAGGGGAGUGACGGGAUUCCUGUUCUGCUCAUCUGCAGCGUCGGUCAUGGCUACCGCGUCCAGCCAGGGAGGAGCAGGAGCGAUGACUCUGCCCGAAGAGUUGUCCAGCGACCCUUCUACAGCAGGCUCCUUGGGCUACUCACAGUCCAAGUGGGUGGGAGAGGCCCUUGUCGCCCGAGCUGCUCAGCAGUUCGGUCUACCUAGGACAUGCAUCGCUCGCAUAGGCCAGCUCUGUUCAGACAGUAAGACGGGCGUAUGGAACGAGACGGAGGCGUGGCCUUUGAUGGCUCGCGCGGGACUGAGGAAGGAUGAGGUCGGGGCUAUGCCUCUUCUGAAGAAGCAAGUGCUGGACUGGCUGCCUGUCGACACUUGCGCUCGGGCGCUUCUUGAGCUCAUCGGGCUGGUCAAGGAGAGUGGUGAGGCAACGCCGCCCCCCGUCGUGGCACACGUCUGCCUACCCUGCGAUGCGCAAGAGGCGCCGAAGUGGGAGCAUUGGCUUGACUGGCUUGAAGAGGCUGGUGGGAGCUUCGAUCGUGUGUCGCUGGCUGAGUGGCUGGCGAAGGUGGAGGAGAGAGGAGGACAGGUCAGAGGCAGGGCGCUAAUCGAUAUCUGGCGUAGCAUGGAGGGAGCUGAGAGUGGGCCGAGGAUAGAGACCAAGGUUGCAAGAGAGGAGAGUCAGGCCUUGAGGGAGGCAAAGGCUAUGGAUGCUAGGUUGGCACGCUUGACUCUGGAGCACUGGAGGAAAGUUGGCUUCAUUUGAGCAUUUGCAGCAUAUAAUAGAAUAAAGUAGCAUCCA